AUGCGCAUCAUUCACAAGCUGUACUACGCACUGCAGGCCCUUGCACCGCUGGGGAAGCUCCGGCCAGCUUGCAAGCAACGAUACCCCUUGCCGUAUUGUGGUGCAAUUCUACAUGUGAAUCCGUCCGCAGAAUUGUAUGUGCAAGACUCGCAAUCAAGUUGUUCUAUCCUUUCAUUCGUUACAGUCAAAUGCAAUCCAGAUAGACUUCAGCUCUAUAAAAAUAUUCUCUCCAAACCUCAGACCGCUUUCUGCUGGCCUUAA